UAGAGAUAUAGAGAUACAGUGAUACAGCAGCAGUAUCCGCACUCAACAUUUUUGCUUGCUUAUUUCUUGCGGAAAGGACCUACCGUGUCUUCUGUCUCUCUCGGAAUCGACUGGCGAACUGACGACGGCGAAUUCUUAUCGGUAUAGUUUGGGCUCCGGCGAGUUAGUUAGGGUUUGAACUUUGUUGAAUGGCGUCGGAGGAUGUGGUAGGGAAGAGAAGCGAGAGUGCGGUGUCUACUAUCGUAAAUCUGGCGGGAGAAGCAAAGAUUGCUAGUGAAGGAGUCAAGGCUCCUAGUCAUGCCGUACUCAGCAUCUGCAAAUCUCUCUUCGCCGGAGGCGUAGCCGGUGGAGUAUCACGAACUGCUGUGGCUCCAUUAGAACGGUUGAAAAUUUUGCUACAGGUUCAGAAUCCUCAUAAUAUAAAAUACAGUGGAACAGUUCAGGGAUUGAAAUACAUAUGGAGAACUGAGGGGUUUCGAGGGUUGUUCAAAGGCAAUGGCACUAAUUGCGCUCGCAUUGUCCCAAACUCAGCUGUCAAGUUCUUUAGCUAUGAGGAAGCAUCCAAGAGAAUCUUAUGGCUAUACCGGCAGCAACCUGGAAAAGAGGAUGCUGAACUUACUCCGCUUUUACGCCUUGGAGCUGGAGCAUGUGCUGGAAUCAUUGCCAUGUCAGCAACUUACCCAAUGGACAUGGUACGAGGUCGGCUUACUGUACAGACAGAGAAUUCCCCUCGCCAGUAUAGAGGAAUUUUCCAUGCUCUCACAACAGUUUUCCGUGAAGAAGGCCCUCGUGCUUUAUACAAGGGAUGGCUUCCAUCUGUCAUAGGAGUUGAGAAUCUUAUGGCUAUACCGGCAGCAACCUGGAAAAGGUAUGGCCAGGAUGCUGAACUUACUCCGCUUUUACGCCUUGGAGCUGGAGCAUGUGCUGGAAUCAUUGCCAUGUCAGCAACUUACCCAAUGGACAUGGUACGAGGUCGGCUUACUGUACAGACAGAGAAUUCCCCUCGCCAGUAUAGAGGAAUUUUCCAUGCUCUCACAACAGUUUUCCGUGAAGAAGGCCCUCGUGCUUUAUACAAGGGAUGGCUUCCAUCUGUCAUAGGAGUUAUUCCAUAUGUGGGUCUCAACUUUGCUGUAUAUGAAUCUUUAAAAGAUUGGUUGAUCAAAACUAGACCUUUUGGACUAGAUGAAGGUUCGGAGUUGAGUGUGACAACAAAGCUUGCAUGUGGGGCUGCUGCUGGAACCGUUGGCCAGACAGUUGCUUACCCUCUUGAUGUCAUCCGUCGAAGAAUGCAGAUGGUUGGCUGGAAAGACGCUGCUUCAGUUGUUACUGGUGAUGGGAAGAGCAAGGCCCCACUCGAAUAUACUGGUAUGAUUGAUGCAUUCAGAAAAACAGUUCGCCAUGAGGGAUUCGGAGCUUUGUACAAGGGUUUGGUCCCCAAUUCGGUGAAGGUGGUCCCAUCGAUAGCAAUUGCAUUUGUGACAUAUGAGGUGGUAAAAGACAUUCUUGGAGUUGAGAUGAGGAUAUCUGAUUGAAACCAAUGGAAAGUUCAGCUUAUUUAUUGGACUUGGAUUUUUAUUGAAGGAGGUAAACUAUGGGGAAGUACUUUUCUUUUUUUCAGUUUAUGAAGAAAUUAGGGACCUGUCUUAGCACUUGCUGAUAUAGUCCACCCCAUAUGUCCCCCUUCUAGUUUUGCCAUUCUGCUCAUUCAUAUGCACCAGCACUUCCAAUAAGUAUUUGUUGACAAGUGAUGCACUAGAGGCCUUCUAGUAGCUUGCUAGAAUAUUUUCAUAUGAUUUGUUCAGUGUUAUUUGUGUAACUGGCUAUGUAUUAGAGAUCUAAGUAUUUAGUACUGUAUGCCCUUUUGCAGUUGGAUUUUGUUUUGUUUUAUGAUUUUGAUUGCAGUUGUGAAUCAUGUGUCGAAGCAUAAGCUUACCCUGUUGAAUAACUGCUGUGGCGGG